GUCGCGCAUGCGCAUGCAGAGCAGCAGCGUACAAAGAAAUGGCUGUAGAAUCGGCGACCUCUAACGGCGCAACUGAUGUAAGCCAUUCAGAAGGAAUAGACAAGUAUAAUAAAGGAUGGUUAUUGAAGAAAACGCACUACACCAAGCGCUGGAAACAGUUGUGGUUUCAUAUCAGAGAUGGGAAUCUUUUCUACGGUGUUAAUGAAGAGUCAACAGAAAAGGCCAUUCAUCUGGUUGGAGCAAAGGUGGAGUUGUUGGAUGGUGAGGACACAUUUGGCUGGACCGUCACACCAAGGGACAGUAAACGUACAUUCUUCCUGAUGGCCGAUGCUGCAGAAGAGCGUCAAGCUUGGAUGACGGCCAUAUGUGAAGCUCAACUGAGUUCUAAAGACCAUAACUCAAAUGCGUGUGUUGUGCAGUAGUUGCAUUUUAUAUUUUUUUAUAGUUUAUUCUGUUUUUGCUUAUAUGUUAAAUAUGUCCAACCAGGUUCAAGUGUCAGUUUAGCACGAGGCACAUGGAAACCUGAAUACUAUAAUGCACAUUUUCAGUGAAGGAAAUAUACUUUAUUAGUUUUAAACAAGUCACAUGUUGUGUAUAAAUCUAAUGUAUUUUACAACUUUUUACAUAACUUGUACACGUGUUUUCUUGUCAUUUAAAGUACUCACCCCAUGUCAUAAGAACAUCCGUAGACAGGUACAUAAUACACAUGUGAAAAAAUAAGCUUUAUCAGGAAAAAGUCCUUAAUUGUGCUUAUGUUCAUAUGUAUGCUGUGUAGUUUUUAAUAAAUCAAACGCAUGGUUUCCAAGCUGCUGUUAGUUUUUGAGUGGUUACAAAAUA